AUGGCUGCCUCAGCUCUGCUCAAGAGCCGGGUCCGCCGGCCCUCGUACCUCAACAAACUCGCCAAGGCAGAGGAUCUGAUUGACCUCUUUCCUCAUGGAUCGUACAUUGGCUGGUCUGGAUUUACUGGUGUUGGAUAUCCAAAGAAAGUGCCAACUGCUCUCGCAGACCAUGUCGAGAAGAACAACCUGCAAGGAAAACUCAAAUACAGCCUCUUCGUCGGAGCUUCAUCUGGCGCCGAAACAGAGAAUCGGUGGGCUAGACUUAACAUGAUCGAGCGUCGUAGCCCUCAUCAAGUCGGAAAGGAGAUUGCCAAGGGAAUCAAUACUGGAAAUAUUCAGUUUUUUGAUAAACAUCUUAGCAUGUUUCCUUCUGAUCUUGUCUAUGGCUGGUAUACGAAAGAUCGUCCUCAUAACAAGCUUGAUGUGACUGUCGUCGAAGCUACCGCUAUCACUGAGGACGGUGGAAUCAUUCCCGGCGCAUCCGUUGGCGCAUCACCUGAGUUGGUGCAAAUGGCCGACAAGAUUAUCAUCGAAGUCAACACUGCUACUCCUUCUUUUGAAGGUCUUCACGACAUCAGUCUUUCUGACCUUCCCCCACGUCGCAAACCAUACCUCAUCCUUUCUCCCGAGGAUCGUAUCGGCACACCACAUAUCCCGGUUGAUCCGGAAAAGGUCGUGGCCAUUGUCGAAUCGGAUUACCCUGAUGCCACCAUGCCCAAUGCCCCUGAAGACGAAAGCUCCCGUGCCAUUGCGCGCAACUUGAUCGAGUUCCUGCAGCACGAAGUCAAGCACGGCCGUCUUCCCGAAAACCUUUUGCCCAUCCAGUCUGGUAUUGGUAACAUCGCCAACGCCGUCAUCGGCGGUCUCAGCCACGGCGCCAACUUCAAAAACCUGAAAGUCUGGACUGAAGUGCUUCAGGACUCGUUCUUAGAUCUGUUUGACAGUGGCCAUCUCGACUUUGCGACUGCAACUUCCAUUCGCUUCUCGCCAGACGGAUUCAAGCGAUUCUACGAUGGAUGGGAACGCUACUCACCAAAACUCCUCCUCCGUUCACAACAAGUCUCCAACUCUCCCGAAAUCAUCCGCCGUCUCGGCGUCAUCGGUAUGAACACUCCUGUCGAAGUGGACAUCUACGCCCACGCCAACAGUACCUGCGUCAUGGGAUCACGCAUGUUAAACGGCCUCGGCGGCUCCGCCGAUUUCCUCCGCAGCGCCAAAUACAGCAUUAUGCACACCCCCAGUACACGACCCACCAAAACCGAUCCCACCGGUGUCAGCUGCAUUGUGCCCAUGUGCACCCACGUCGAUCAGACAGAACACGACCUCGACGUCGUAGUCACUGAACAAGGUCUCGCCGACGUCCGCGGUCUCUCGCCUCGUGAGCGCGCCCGCGUUAUUAUCGACAAGUGCUCUCAUCCAGACUACAAGCCCAUCUUGCAGGAUUACUUUGAUCGUGCGGAGUUUGAGUGCUUGAAGAAGGGUAUGGGUCAUGAGCCGCAUAUGCUGUUCAAGGCAUUUAAUAUGCACAAGAAUUUGGCGGAGAAUGGGACUAUGAAGAUCAAGUCUUGGGACUAGAUUUGUCUGAUUGACCUGCCUGUCUGGUGAUUAUUAGGUUAGAGGCAAUUUUGUAUUGUAUGAUCAAAUUUGGAUAGAAGAGUAAUACAUUUGAUUGAUGUAGU